AAAACAAUUUGUUUAGGUGGGAGAGAGAGAGUCCUUAGUCUAAGGUGAUGAAAUCCUUUGGUCUAUAUAAGCACGCUAGCAGAAACUCACACUCAUAUUCCAACUUAAUCAUUUCUCUCUUCCUAUAAUUCAAGUUAUAUCAAGAUGACUGAGGGAAAGAUAGUUGAAUCCGCAGAAGCUCUUAAAAGUCUGGAGGACUUGGAUCCUCAGAAGAAACCCAAACGAAACAAGUAUGCCUUUGCAUGUGCUAUGUUGGCUUCCAUGACUUCCAUCUUGCUUGGCUAUGAUAUUGGCGUGAUGAGUGGAGCAGCCAUAUACAUACAAAGAGACCUGAAAGUGUCGGACGUGAAAAUCGAGAUCCUUCUUGGAAUCAUCAACCUCUACUCUCUGAUAGGGUCAUGCCUGGCCGGCAGAACCUCGGACUGGAUAGGGCGGCGUUACACCAUCGUCUUCGCCGGCGCAAUCUUCUUCGCCGGAGCCAUUCUCAUGGGCUUCUCCCCCAACUACUCCUUCCUCAGGUGCGCCCGCUUCGUCGCCGCCAUUGGCAUCGGCUACGCCCUCAUGAUUGCCCCCGUCUACACCGCCGAGGUCUCACCGGCCUCCUCUCGCGGAUUCCUCACUUCCUUCCCCGAGGUUUUUAUCAACGGAGGGAUAUUACUCGGAUACAUAUCCAACUACGCAUUUUCCAAGCUCACACUGAAGCUAGGUUGGCGAAUGAUGCUUGGAAUAGGUGCAAUUCCUUCUGUGCUCCUAGCGGUGGGAGUGUUGGCGAUGCCGGAGUCUCCGCGGUGGCUUGUCAUGAGGGGUCGUUUGGGAGACGCAACAAAAGUGCUUAACAAAACCUCCGACACGAAGGAAGAAGCUGAACUAAGACUAGCAGAUAUCAAACAAGCCGCAGGAAUCCCGGAGAGUUGCAACGACGACGUCGUUGAAAUCGCUAAAAAGAGCACUGGUGAGGGCGUAUGGAAAGAGCUGUUCCUCUAUCCCACACCCGCCGUUCGUCACAUCUUAAUCGCCGCCCUCGGGAUUCACUUUUUCCAACAAGCCUCGGGUGUAGACGCCGUCGUUUUGUACAGCCCCAGGAUCUUCGAGAAGGCCGGGAUCACCAACGACACGGAUAAGCUUCUGGCGACCGUGGCCGUUGGAUUCGUUAAGACAAUCUUCAUAUUGGUGGCAACGUUUAUGUUGGACCGCGUGGGUCGUCGUCCGUUGCUAUUGUCUAGUGUCGGGGGCAUGGUGCUGUCGCUGCUCACGCUCGCUAUCAGCCUCACGAUCAUUGAUCACUCGGACAGGAAACUAAUGUGGGCCGUUGGAUUGAGCAUAGCGAUGGUGCUGGCUUACGUGGCCACGUUUUCGAUCGGUGCGGGGCCCAUCACGUGGGUGUACAGCUCCGAAAUAUUUCCGCUGAGGCUGAGGGCGCAGGGUGCGGCCGCGGGGGUUGUGGUGAACAGGACCACAAGUGGGGUUAUCUCAAUGACCUUUUUGUCCCUCACCAAAGCGAUUACUAUUGGUGGAGCUUUCUUCCUCUAUUGUGGGAUUGCCUUGGUUGGGUGGAUAUUCUUUUUCACCGUGCUUCCUGAAACGCGGGGUAAAACGCUUGAGGAAAUGGGAGGGGCUUUUGGUAAAUUUAGCGCAGCUUCCAAGGAUGGAGACCAUGCGAAUGCCCAAGUCCACCUACGGACCCAUGUCCAAACUUAGACAAAUGUGUCCCAACUUAGUAGUCUAGUCAUUUCGUGUGUUUUUACUUUUUAUACUAGUUUUCCAAAUCAAAAUCACUAAGUUAAAGUCACAAGACUUGUGUAUUAAAAAAAAAAAAAACGAAUGACAAAGGUUAAAAAGUGUGUUCUACCUCUAUUUUUUUUCCA